AUCUCCAGCCUUUCUUGCAGCAGCCAAAAAUACAAGUGGUUCGCAUAUCCUUUCCUUCUGCACUUAGCUGUGCCAAAGCUGUUCUUCAGGUCACUGCGCACUUGUGUAUCGUUCCCUCUGCUUCAAAUGGCUCCUCCAAAGAUGUAUGAUCUCCACGCCGAUCGCGGUCCGAUUCUAUAUGCCAGUGUUUGGUCGGUCGCGCUCGUCGCCAUCCUCACUCUUGUUGGCCGUUUCGCUUCCAGGAAGAUGAAGGGCCAGAGAUGGCUCGCUGACGACUGGGCUGCGCUUGUUGCUCUGAUACUGGCGCUUGGGUGUUGCAUAUGCGCGACUCUUUCGGUGAAGUACGGCAUAGGCCGACAUUGGGACGCAAUCAAGGACGGAUUUUCCCCGGUUCCUUUCUGGAAACUGCUAUUCGCGUUCAACCAAAUCUAUGUCAUGACCGGCCCUGUCAACAAAGUGGCAAUGCUGCUUAUGUACCGCCGCAUAUUCAUUACACCCUUCUUUCGCAACGUUGUAACGUGGGGACUGUGGAUUAACUUGGCCUGGUGGAUCGCUAUGUGCGUUUCGGGAAUCUUAACUUGCAUUCCCGUACAGGCGUACUGGUACACGGACACACCGGGCAAGAAGUGCUUUGAUCUCCUGCCUUACGAUCUCGGAUACGCGGUCGUGAACAUAUCACUCGAUGUCUUCAUCUUGGUUCUUCCCAUUCGCGAGAUCUGGAAACUACAGCUCAACAGAAGUCAGAAGAUAGCGCUGAGCUUGAUGUUCCUGAUAGGAGCUUUUGCGUGCGUGACAGCUCUCAUCCGCCUUCUAUCCGCGAUUCUCUACCUAUCUGACCCUGACUUCACCUGGGUGUAUUUGGACGCUUUGAUCUGGACAGCCGUCGAGCCUCUCGUAGCAGUCAUCUGCAUUUGUCUUCCAAUGCUGCGACCCAUUCUAUCAUCCAUUCUUCCCCGUCAAUUCCGAUUGACCUCCAAUUCGAAGACAGGACAGAGCAGUACUUCGAAGCAACAAAACACUCUCGUCACGAUUGGAUCGCAUACGAAGUCAAGGCGCAUCAACAAGCUGGGCAUGGGAUACACAGAGUUUGAUGAAGCAGAGGAAGGAUCACAGAAAGGGCUCAAUACUGGUGGCCAAGAUCUGACAUUCGCGGAGGAUCAUCCGGGGUAUGCAAAUGGUAUUGUAGUUCGGCAAAGCAUUGAGCUGUCUCACUAUCCUGCGUAG